AUAUAAUGGGCCUAUCUGUUGGCCCAUUAGAACCUAAACCUAUCUUUCCUCUAUCACACACCAGCGGCCUUCUCUCUCUCUCCUUCCUCUUACGCUCACAUCGGAAACCCUAAAUCUCCAGUCUCUCUCUCGCGCCUUUUGUCGUUCUCAGAAAAUCUUAACCAUGGCGGCAGCGAGCGAUCACACCGUCUUGCAAUUCGUGUCUCCAUCGUCGACGGCGUCGGCGACUACCUCUGUACUCACAGCGAGGAUCCACCCACUCGUUAUCUUUAACGUCUGUGAUUGCUUCGUGAGACGUCCUGACUCAGCUGAACGAGUCAUCGGCACUCUCCUUGGAUCUAUCUUAGCUGAUGGAACCGUCGAUAUCCGCAAUUCAUACGCCGUCCCUCACAAUGAAUCUUCUGAUCAGGUUGCUGUGGAUAUUGAUUACCACCACAAUAUGUUAGCUUCACACCUUAAGGUGAAUCCAAAAGAAAUUAUUGUCGGCUGGUAUUCAACUGGUGCUGGGGUUAAUGGUGGUAGUGCACUGAUUCAUGACUUCUAUGCCAGAGAAGUUACCAACCCAAUUCAUCUAACUGUGGACACUGGGUUUACAAAUGGGGAGGGUACCAUAAAAGCUUUUGUCUCUUCAAACCUUUCACUUGGUGAUCGACAGCUCGCUGCACAAUUUCAAGAGAUUCCUGUUGAUCUCCGUAUGGUUGACGCUGAGAGAGUCGGAUUUGAUGUCCUCAAGGCAACUGCUGUGGACAAACUCCCAAAUGACUUGGAAGGAAUGGAGCUUACAAUGGAGAGGCUGUUGACUUUAAUCAACGAUGUAUACAAAUAUGUUGACGGUGUUGUGGAGGGUCAAACAGCUCCAGACAACAACAUAGGACGAUUCAUUGCAGAUGCAGUAGCCUCCCUCCCGAAGUUACCUCCACAAGUCUUCGAUAACCUCGUGAAUGAUAGUCUCCAGGAUCAAUUGCUUCUGUUGUACCUAUCAAGCAUAACAAGGACACAGUUGAGUCUAGCGGAGAAGCUAAACACUGCUGCUCAGAUGCUGUAAUAAGCUUUGAAACACAAGGUUUUGCUAAAAAAUGUGGACUGCUGCUUUUUUGGUUUCAAUGUUUCUUUUAACGAGUUUGUGUAAGAAUCAGAAUCAGCCUCUUGUUGUAGUUUUCCUACAUUGCAAUUUAAAAGAGAGACAAAAUGCUCAGAUUUAUGAGUUAAGAACUUUGAAAUCA